AAAACGUUUAAAAAGCCCGCCCGUGAGUGGCAAAACAGCUGUCAGAUUAAGAGCGGGACUGUAAAACUCCAACACUUUAGAGCCCAGGCAAUUUGAACAAAUAUCGAAAUUCCACACAUUAAAACUAACUCUAUGCGCCAGUAACCUUACAGAGUUCAAGACGGUACCAAUUCUCCCUCAACUAUAAAACAAUAAUUCAAUCGCAUACACAAGUGUUCGCUGUUUAAAUCCUGUUCGCCUGCCACAUCGCUUUCAUUACGUCACGUCAGUCAUUGUCGAUGUUUCACUUUGCAUUCUAGACAUCCCAAAUUCGUGUACAUUUUCACUCUCUUUUACAAUUAAUUCGCUAUUGUGGUGCAAAUCAGUGCAAUAAACGUAACCCCAUCGUCCCAAACAGUUUUACGCAACAAUCACCGAACAGAACCAUGAAUCCCGAAUACGAUUAUUUAUUCAAACUUCUGCUGAUCGGCGAUUCAGGAGUAGGAAAGUCAUGCCUUUUGCUUCGAUUUGCUGAUGAUACCUAUACGGAAAGCUACAUUAGUACAAUAGGAGUAGACUUUAAAAUCAGAACUAUUGAGCUAGACGGUAAAACAAUUAAGCUACAAAUUUGGGACACUGCCGGUCAGGAGCGAUUCAGAACAAUUACUUCAAGUUACUAUAGAGGUGCGCAUGGAAUCAUCGUUGUCUACGAUUGCACGGAUCAGGACUCUUUUAACAAUGUGAAGCAAUGGCUUGAGGAAAUCGAACGUUACGCGUGCGACAAUGUCAAUAAACUACUCGUAGGAAAUAAGAGCGACCUUACCACAAAGAAAGUGGUAGAUUACCAAACUGCCAAGGAGUACGCAAGUCAAUUGCACAUUCCAUUCCUAGAAACAUCCGCAAAAAGUGCCACUAAUGUGGAACAGGCUUUCAUGACGAUGGCCGCCCAUAUUAAGCUUCGAGUCGGGCCUCAAACAUCAAUGGGUGAUCAGGGUGGAAAAGUGAAAUUCGACCAGAGUCGCCCGGUCGAAUCUACCAAAUCUGGUUGCUGCUGAAAGAAGGUUUACUUGGCUAAGAGCGUGGUAUAGGUGGUCAACUCCCAACUUAUAAUUAUUUUUUGUACAGUAGCCAGUUUGGCUACGAAUAAUUAUGUUCUAUUUAGUAAAAUAUCCGUCUACACGUCGUAUAGAGAUUUUUUUCGAGUUCUUACUUAAAUUUCGUAAACUUUGUAAUAUAAAUAUAACAUUAAAUCUGAUAGCGUAAUUAAUACUGUUUAUUUUUUUUAAUUCGUUAUUUAUUAACUCAAUACUGGAAUGCCUGUAUAAUAGAGGAUUUUUUAGGAACAAAGGGUUUCAAUUGAUAGUUAUAUAAGAAUCUUACUCGAUAAGAAUGUAUUCCGUUUUUGUGAUGUCUACUUCGUCUUUGUUUGAAAAAUAAUGCAUACUCUUUGUUGUUUAGUAGAGUUAUUUUAAUAAAGUAUAUUUCACCUUAUGUAUUAAA